AUGGAGGCAGCGGAAAUCGGUGCUACCAAAUUUACACAUGCCGGCGCGUUGGUUCUUGAUCCGCGCUUGAAGGGACCCGUGAAGCACGCUCUUCCGAGCAAAGAAACAGAAGAAGAGUUACCGACUCUUCAAUUCGACCCGAAACUUAAUGAAAUCGUUGAUAUAGGCUCAGAUGUAGAAGUUUUGAAAGAAGAAAAAUACGACAGCGCCGAAGAUGAAAAGGUACGUGGUAACCAUAUUCUGUCUCUCCGAUUCAGAUUCCACUUAGUUAGUCCCACUACCUAG